AUGUCAUCCUCCGAACCCGCCAAGGAAGUCCCCACCGACCCCGCCAUCGCACCAGGCGGUGGUGAGGAUGCAGCACCCUCCAAGAAAGGCGCAAAGAAAGCCGAGGCCAAAGCCAAAAAGGAAGCCGAAAAGGCACGCAAAGCCGCUGAACGUGAAGCAGCAGCCGCAGCCCAAUCCUCCGCCGCCGCCGAAGACCUCGCGAAAGAAAACUACGGCUCCUCACUCCCCUCUACCAAAAUAUCCGCGCCCUACAUCCACCUCCGCGACAUCGCCGAGGAACAUGUUGAUAAGGUUGUGCAGCUGCAGGCGUGGGUCCAGAAUUCGAGGGCGCAAGGGGGGAAAAUGAUGUUUGUGGAGUUGCGGGAGGAGGGCAAUUGGGCGGUGCAGGGCGUGGUGGCUGCCACUGCUGAUGGGAAGGGCGUUAGUAAACAAAUGGUCAAAUGGGUUGGGGGAGUGAGUCUGGAAAGUUUUGUGCUUGUUGAGGCAACAGUCAAGAAACCUCUUGAGCCGGUCAAGAGCUGCAAGGUUAGCGAGUAUGAGUUGCAUCUUAGCAAGAUCUAUGUGAUUGCCCCGGCGCCUGAGAAGUUGGGCAUUACGUUUGCAGUUGCGAGUCGCGCGGUGGGAAGGCUGGAUGAGGAGGAGGUUGAAGGUGUUGAAGAUCUUGCUAUUACGGAGGGUGCCCCGACUGCUAGUCUGGCUACGCAUCUUAACAACCCAGCCAUGCAUGGGCGUGCUCCUGUUAGCCAUGCUAUCGACGAGGUACGAAUUGCGGUUGAGGAUCUUUUCUGCGAUUAUUUGAAGGCUCAGGGCUUCAAGAGGUUCCACCCGCCGAGCUUGAUUGGGGCUGCUUCGGAAGGUGGUGCGAAUGUUUUCAAGCUUGCAUAUUUUGAAAAAGAGGCGUACUUGGCUCAAUCACCCCAAUUUUAUAAGCAGUACCAGAUCGCGGCUGGAAAAAAGAGGGUUUUUUGCGUCGGACCUGUUUUCCGGGCCGAGAACUCAAAUACCCCUAGACAUAUGACGGAGUUCAUUGGCCUUGAUAUGGAAAUGGAAAUCCAAGAGCACUACCACGAAGUUAUGCACAUGCUAGAAGGUGUUCUCCUGCACAUUUUCCGAGGCCUUGCAAAAGAUUAUCGCAACGAGAUCGAGCUCAUCCGCUCCGUCUACCCGUCCGAAGAAUUCCUACUCCCAGAACCAGGCAAAGAAGUACGUCUCACUUUCGCUGAAGGCCAAGCCUUGCUCCGUGCCGAAGGCCCCCCUGAAUUCGCCAGUGUCACCGAUGAUGAGGAUAUGAGCACACCUCAGGAAAAAGCGCUUGGAGCACUGGUCCGCAAGAAGUACAAUACCGACUUCUACGUCCUUGACAAGUUCCCGGUCGAUGCGAGGCCCUUCUAUGCUUUGCCCGACCCCGAGAAUGCGAAAGUAACGAAUGCGUAUGAUUUUAUGAUGCGUGGGCAGGAGAUCUUGUCGGGAGGACAACGUGUGCACUUACCGCAUGAGCUGGAGGCGACGAUUCGGAGCAAGGGAUUGGACCCCAACCAACCUGGGAUUAAGGAGUAUGUUGAUGUAUUCAGAAGUGUAGGCGUGCCACCGCAUGGAGGUGGAGGUAUUGGGCUCGACAGAGUGGUGGCGUGGUAUUUGAACUUGCCUACUGUUCAUCUCGUCGCCGAUUACCCGCGGACGCCCAAGCGGUUAUUCCCUUGA